CCGCUCCGUAAAUCGGAAAUGCAAAAAGCGACCUACUACGACAGCUCUGCAAUCUAUGGUGCCUACCCCUACCAAGGAGCAAAUGGUUUCACUUAUAAUGCGAGUCAGCAGCAAUAUCCUCCAUCUUCAUCACUUGUGGAAACUGAGUACCACCGCCCCGCGUGCUCUCUCCAGUCCCCUGGCAGCUCUGUGUCCCACCACAAGGCCAAUGACAUCAGUGAGAGUUGCAUGAGGACCCUCCCCAGCCAGACUCUCCAGCCCCCCAGCCUCGCUGACCCACAGGCUCCACCGCAGCCGCCUCCAGCCCAGCAGUCACAACCUCCACCUCCGUCCUCCACCUCACCAUCUCAAAAUGCCAGCAGCAACCCUGCCCCGGCCAACCCCACCAAGAGCCCAGCUCUUAACUCACCCACCGUGUCCAAACAGAUAUUCCCAUGGAUGAAAGAGUCCCGGCAAAACACAAAGCAGAAAAACAGCAGUUCCAGUUCAGGUGAGAGUUGUGCUGGUGAUAAAAGCCCUCCAGGGCAAGCCUCCUCUAAGCGAGCCCGUACAGCUUACACAAGUGCCCAGCUGGUAGAACUGGAAAAGGAGUUCCACUUCAAUAGGUACCUUUGCAGGCCACGAAGGGUAGAAAUGGCUAAUUUGCUCAAUCUCACAGAAAGACAGAUCAAAAUCUGGUUUCAAAACCGCAGAAUGAAAUACAAAAAGGAUCAAAAGGGAAAGGGUAUGAUGACCUCUUCAGGAGGACAGUCCCCAAGCAGAAGCCCUGUCCCUCCAGCUGCUGGGGGAUAUCUAAACUCUAUGCAUUCUUUAGUAAACAGUGUCCCCUACGAGCCCCAGUCGCCUCCACCAUUUAACAAGCCUCAUCAAAACACCUAUGGCAUCCCUGCAUCGUAUACUGCUCCUCUUAAUAAUUGCCCACCGCCUCAAAAGAGAUACACGGGGACAGCAGCUGUGACACCUGAAUAUGAUACUCAUCCUCUUCAAGGCAACGGUUAUGGGAAUCCACACAUACAGGGAAGCCCCGUCUAUGUAGGGGGCAACUAUGUGGAGACCAUGACCAAUUCUGGGCCUUCCAUCUUUGGUCUAACUCAUCUCCCUCAUCCUCCCUCUGCCAACAUGGACUACAGUGGGGCUGGGCCGAUGGCCAACAAUCACCACCAUGGACCUUGUGAUCCACAUCCAACAUACACAGACCUUACCGCUCACCAUCCUUCUCAGGGAAGAAUUCAGGAAGCGCCCAAACUCACUCAUCUGUAA